UGUAGUCAGUGCGCUGCAAUCACACAAGCAGCAGCAGCUGCAGCACAGGGAUCUCUGUGUCUCUAUCUCCAGCCUGGGACCAGGAAGCCAAUGAUCAGCUGACACUCUAUUACUGCUGGGGGACUGUGCCCACCACACUCUGUGCCCCCUGCAACCUGGAGAAUGGUCUGAGCACAGGGGGGCAUCUCUUAAACUUUUCGGGAGCUUGGAAGAUGAGCACAGAGAUCACCAAACCUACUCUAGCACCAAAGCCGCAAGGUCUUGACUCAUUCAGUUCAGUUCCUCUUCUUAAGAACUCCUCUCCUCUGAUCUCAAGAGCUGGCCUCGUUCGUCAAACAAACUCAAUGUCAAGGGGUCCCAAACCUCCUAUUGCUCCAAAGCCUGUGCUGUCCCCUUCCUCGGAAAGACGAUCCACAGUGAAUGCUAAUAAUUCAUUUAAUAAAUGUGCUAAUGGGAAAGUGGUUUGUCCUGUGGAAAAUAUUUCAAAUACUGAUCAAUACAGUCUGGAGUGCUCAGAGUCAGACACACCGGACAUGACAUUUGAGGAUUACAGCACUGUUCCUGACUCCCAGUUUACAGACGAAGAAAACACUGAUAUUGAAUGUGAACACAGCUCUUCAUUCGAUACCUGGGAAACCCCUCAAGAAGAAGUUGAUAUAAGUGAUAAUCAGAGCUACAGCCCCUCUGGAGUACAAGAAGAAGACAGUGGGAACCCAGACAGUGUUCCUUCAAGAGAGGUGGAAUCGGGAGAAUCUACGGAAUUAGAAGACAGUGACAACACAGACGCUUUAAGCUUGAGGUCUUCAUCCACUGCGGAGGCAGACAGCUUGGUGCCUCAUUCUGGUUGUGAGACCUUGUUGUUUAAAAAUAAUCUUGGGGAUAUUGAGGAUUUUUUGCCAUUGGAUCACAAUGAGUGCAACACAGAAAACAAAGCAAAUGACAAAAAUCUAAAGAACAUGGGUUGUGAUGAUGUUAUUUUGACAGAUGUUUAUUUUGAGGAACUCCCAGUGGAUAAAACCUGUUGUGAAGGAAAUACAAACACUGAAGAGACUCCUUGCAAGGAACACAAUGAGUCUCCUGUAUCAACAGAAGUGGAUUUAGUAAAUGUUGAACCAUUGGAGAACUUUAUAGUCUGUGACAAUACCCAGUGUGGUGAGGCUUCAGAAACUGAGCAGGAUUUAGUUGCAGAAUCUUUAGAUAGUUUCCAGUUUACUGGGGAUGUUGCUGAUUUAGAGAAUGAUGAUGGACAAGACUCAUUUACUCAUAACAGUGAAUUAACAUUGCCCAUUUUAUCGUCCUUCUGUGAUGGGGAAGGAGAACAAAAGGAAGAUACAAUACAUGAAAUGAACGCGUUGUCAUUAAACAAUAUAAUAUUAGAUAAUAAAGAAGGAAUAAUUACAAACUUUUUUAAAUCAAGUGAAGAAACUGCACAUGAGGACAGCAUAGAUGAUAGUUGUCUAAUUGUGCCUUAUGAAAAUGAAGGUUCUGAAGAACCAAAUGAGCCUUUGGAAGGAAUGGUGGCUUUGGAGAAUGGCUUGGGCAAUAACUCUGUUUCAGAACUUCUAAUACAGACUGUGACUGAUGACAAGGAAUGUUUUUCUGACAAUAAUCGUAGCAGAGAACUGGAAACCACUCACGCACAGGUCACAUUUACAGGUGUUGAAGAGGGAAGUGAUGGGUGUGAUGAAGAACCAUCUGCUGUUAGUCAUGUUGUGGUAAAUGAAGGGGAUUUAGCUGACACCACACACUACUCAACUGAAGAUCAGGAAAGGGAGGUCAAAGAGGUUGACUCAGCAGAUGUUUUACCAGUGUCUGAGGUAAUCACUGAACCCGUGGAGGAGGAUGAAGUCAAUCCUUAUGUUCUUGAGGAUAGUGCACAGUCAAGAAGCAGAAUGCUGCUCAGUGCUGAAGAGUCUGCACAGAACAGGAAGGAUGGUGAUACACAGAGACCUUAUUGCACAGAUGAUAGUGUCUGUGAAGGGGAAAAUCAUUUACUCAAUGUAGACAGGAAAAACAUUGUAACAAGAACCAGGUCCUAUUCUGGAAAAAUUCCUGAGACUGUGCCAGAAGAAACUGGGGCAGAGUUUGACUCUCAGUUGUCAAACAGUGAGAUAAAAGCCAUAUGUGAAAAGAUGGAGACCAAGCCAAUUGAAGCAGGCAGAGCACUACCCAGGAAGCCAAGCCGUUUCAUUCCCUACCCUCGUUCCUACUCAGUGGAAGGCAGGGAGAACACAGUCUCGCUUUAUAUAGAGUCUGAUAUGGUGGUCAAUUUUUCCUCUCCUUAUCUAAUUAGUUCAUCUGGGAGUUUUUCACAGAGAAUUUCACUCCCAAUUCCCAAUUCUGUUGUAGACAUUCCACCUCCCUUUGAGCUUGCAAGUAUUACCAAAAAGCCAAUCACUAAAAGCUCACCAUCGCUUUUAAUUGAGAAUGAGUGUUCUGAGAAGUGCCAUAAGAAAAAGAAGUCAUCCUUUAAACGUUUCCUCACUUUGAAGUUCAAGAAGAAGACAGAAAACAAAGUUCAUGUAGAAGUCAAUGUAUCUUCAUCCAGGUCAUCUUCAGAGUCAAGUUACCAUGGAGCAUCCAGACACAUGGACACAGACAGAGGAAGCUUAGGUAACUCUCCGCAACUGCAAGCCCGUUCUGGAAUGCACUUCCGUCCAGAUUCCCCAUCCGCCAUGCUUUUCUAUAAGGAUAUGAAGAGAAAAGGAGCAUCUAAAGCGUUUAACCGAAGUGUGGCUAGGGUUGAGUCCUUCGAGGAUCGAUCAAGGCCACCAUUCAUGCCACUGCCCUUAACCAAACCCAGGUCCAUCUCUUUUCCUAAUGCUGACACCUCAGAUUAUGAAAAUAUCCCAGCAAUGACCUCAGACUAUGAAAAUAUUCAGAUUCCGCCACGGAGACCUGCCAGAGCUGGAACAUUCACAGAAUUUUUUGAAGACCCAAGCAGGGCCUUGUCCUCAGCCAAUGAGAAUGAUGGAUAUGUUGAUAUGAGCAGCUUUAACACUUUUGAAAUCAAGCAGCUAACACCUGACCAGGAAGCUGAAAGUGCUUACACGGAGCCAUACAAAGUCUGCCCCAUCCUUACCAGCACAGCAGAAGACAUUACUUCUGAUGAAGAACCAAAGAGCUCUGAAGAGGAGGGGAAUUGUCUAGGGGAGUCUGGAGUGGUUCAGAAGAAAGAUGGACCAAUGAGAGCUCUGAACAUCGUAGAAAGUUUGUUGUCAUCUGAGAAAGAGUACGUGGACAUGUUAAAGCGUCUGCACAUUGAGUUUCACACGGCUGUGCUCAGAGUGCUGGGCAGCGAAGAGGAGGACGGGGAGGAUGAGCUCAAACUACGCCACGGAUUGAGUGGACUUCUCAACAUUUACCUGCUGCACGAGGAAAUCUUGGCUGAGCUGGAGCAAAGGAUAUCACACUGGGAGGAAAAUCAGAACAUAGCAGACGUAUUCCUGAGCCGCAAGUCUGACUUCCAGCACCACACAGCCUUCAUUGUGGCAUUUGAUAAGAUGACAGCUGCCCUGGAUGACUGCACCCUUAAAAUCUCCUACUUGGCAACAGUUGUAAGAGACUUUGAGAGGUACCUCCAUCGUGGUCAAGCCAAUGUGAAGCAUGAACUGCUGAAGGUAGUGCAGAGAAUCUUCCAGUAUCAUAUGAUUCUUACAGACUACCUGAAUAACCUGUGCCCAGACUGGGCAGAGUAUGAAGACACCCACGCGGCCCUGUUGAUGGUGUCAGAAGUUGCUGAUCGAGCCAAUGACAGCAUGAGACAAGGGGAAAACCUCCAGAAACUGGUACAGAUUGAGCACAGUGUCAGGGGUCAGAGAAGCCUUCUUCAGCCUGGGAGGGAAUUUGUGAAAGAAGGAACUCUAAUGAAAGUUUCUGGAAGAAACAGGCACCCCCGGCAUUUGUUCUUGAUGAAUGAUGUUUUGCUCUAUACAUACCCACUGAAAGAUGGCAAAUACCGGCUGAAGAACACCCUCUCAAUUCCAGGAAUGAGGGUUAGUCGCCCCAUUGUGGAGCAUGCGCAGAAUGUGCUUAAAAUUGAAUGUAUGGAACGUUGCCUUAUGUUGUCUGCAAGCUCAUGCACAGAGAGGGAUGAAUGGUAUAGCUGUAUCAGCAGAACUGUGCAGGAAUAUUACAAAGCUCCCACUGUAUCUAUCUACAACAACCUAGAGAUCAGGGAAAGACUGGGAAUGGGCUUGGGUGAGAGACCCCCGAGUGUGGCCCAUAUGUCUCAUGCUGUGAUGUGUAUGAAUUGUGGCAGCGACUUCACCCUAACGCUAAGGCGCCAUCACUGUCAUGCUUGCGGCAAGAUUGUUUGUCGCAGUUGCUCAAGAAACAAAUAUCCGCUAAAGUACCUCAAAGAUCGACCGUCAAAAGUGUGCAACGGCUGCUUCGCAGAGCUACGAAAAAGAGAUCUAGCAGCGAUGAACAUGAACUCCUCGCCGCCCUUACCCAGAUCCACCAGCACAUUGUCGGCCAUGUUUCACAGCAUUCACCCGUCUUACUUUAGAAGACAAAAGAAAAUCCCUUCUGCUCUGAUGGAGGCUGCAACAUCAGGAGAGAAUUCCUCAAUUAGUGGCUAUCUGCAUCGGUGCAAGAAAGGCAAAAAAUACUGGAAAAAACGGUGGUUUGUUAUUAAGGGCAAAGUCCUCUACACCUACACAGCAUGUGAGGAUAAAGUUGCCACUGAAAGUUUACCUCUAUUAGGUUUCCACAUUGUGCCUGACAACUGGAAUGAGAACCCCAAACUGGGCACGGUUUUCCAGCUUUACCACAAAAAGACCUUGUUUUAUAACUUCAAAGCAGCAGAUACUAAUACUGCAAUCAGGUGGGUUGAAGCCAUAAAAGCUGCGUCUGUAUUAUAGCAUUUAUUAAUGAUGGACAGCAAGGAGUCCGGAAAACAAUAUCAGGAUUUUUUUUCUCGGAAUUGAGUCAAAUCAUUGAGUCUCUGCUGCUUCCGGAGUCUCUGUCAUUCUGCUGAUGCUUCACGCAGACUGGAACCUCUUGGCCUUUACCAUCGUAUCUUGUAUUUUAUCUUCUUUUUCAUACCAUGGCCAGGGAUGGACAUGAGGCUUUAACAUUCCUAGCAAUAACUGCACCAAAUAAAAAUGGCAUCGCCACACUUAGAAUAUACUUUACUUUUAAAAACAAUGGACCUUUUUCAUCAGCUGGAGCUUAAAAUAAAGGGUGCAAUUAUUUCCAUAGGAAAACCCAAGCCAAAUUUUAUGGUUAGGGGUUUGUACAUUUUGUUCCAAUGAUCAGCAAGCGAAAGAACUUACUCACAUAUAGAGGCGCUUUCAUUUAUUUUGAUGCUGCUCCUAUUGGAGUGACCAACUCUGAAUAUCUGAUUGGCUACAGCUUCUUGCCCCGCCCACUUCAAAACUACCUGUACAAAGACAAUAAAAACAAUAUCCACUCGUAUCCAAGUGAAAAGCAUUUUUAACACAGAGUGACAUGGACCCGUAUUAGCGAGAACAGAUCAUGGAUCUGUUACACUGGAAACCAACAUUAAGAAACAUGGAGACUUUCAAAUACGAAUUCAUUCUAUGUGAAAGAGUAUUUUGUAACAUUCACUAAUGUAUAUAUACUAUACAGUUCUCAAUGCCUUGACAGUACCUAAUAUAUUUCAGAUUGCAUAUGCUGUUUCUAAUUGGUUAAUAACAACUGUUAUUUGCACUGAAGUGUGGCCUCCAGCUCCUGCUCAGGCAAAGUAAUAUUUGGGGCCCGAUGGUGAUUACAGAGCUCCUGCUGUGCUGGUCAUGGGGAGGAGGGCCCGGAUCAUUUAGGUGUCAAGGGCCCCAAGAUUUCUGAUGGCAGCCCUGCUAUAAUAAAAUGGCAUGUUAUUGAAAGAGCCAGAAUGGGGCUGAGGAACAGGAAAUGCAACGCAAAAGAUCAUUGUUCUGCUGCAAGGAAACCUGCUAAGAAACAGCAAAUGCAUUGUAUUGUUUACAAAUAACUGACAGUAUUUUGAGCCUUAACUGAACUAAAAUAAAGAUUGUUCCUUUCCAACAUGUUAUGAGGACACAAGGUUCAUCUACUUUAAGGUCAAAAAGGACCUGUAAUAAUGAUGUGUAUAAAUAAAUAUGUUUAACAGUG